ACUGAGAGGUCGGGACCGACAAGAUGGCGGCGCGGACAGCGUUCGGGGCCGUGUGCCGGCGCCUCUGGCAGGGAUUGGGGAAUUUUUCUGUAAACAGUUCUAAGGGCGAUACAGUCAAAAAUGGUGGCUUUCUUCUCAGUACCAAUAUGAAGUGGGUACAGUUUUCAAACCUACAUGUUGAUGUUCCAAAGGAUUUGACCAAACCUGUGAUAACGAUCUCUGAUGAACCAGAUACAUUAUAUAAGCGCCUGUCGGUUUUAGUGAAAGGUCACGAUAAGGCUGUAUUGGACAGUUAUGAAUAUUUUGCUGUGCUUGCUGCAAAAGAACUUGGUAUCUCUAUUAAAGUACACGAACCUCCAAGGAAAAUAGAGCGAUUUACUCUUCUCAAAUCAGUGCAUAUUUACAAGAAGCACAGAGUUCAGUAUGAAAUGAGAACACUUUACAGAUGUUUAGAGUUAGAACAUCUAACUGGAAGCACAGCAGAUGUCUACUUGGAAUACAUUCAGCGAAACUUACCUGAAGGGGUUGCCAUGGAAGUAACAAAGACACAGUUAGAACAGUUACCAGAACACAUCAAGGAGCCAAUCUGGGAAACACUAUCAGAAGAAAAAGAAGAAAGCAAGUCAUAAAGCCUCAGGGAGGCCAUUUGUGCCUGAAUUUGGAAUGAGGGUGGGCCAGAUGAGUAUGUUUAAGCGGAGAGUGCUUCCAGCUGAGAUGAUUUGAGUCUGCCUAACUGUUCCAUUGAGUUCUUGUGCCUUCAUCAGCUGAGAGCAGGGAAUGGCACUUUUAAUGGAAGAACCACUUUUAUCUGUUCUUUUUAUACAUGUCAUUGUUUCAGUUCUGAUUUCAACAAACAUGAGCAAACCACUUUGACUCAAAGUGGAAAGUGAAAAUUCUAUUUUGUUAUGCUACUAGUGUUCAAUUAUUAGUUUGCACCAUUUUUAAUUUAUGUCAGUUGAUGCAUCUGAAAAUAAGUGCUUGAAGUGUUCACACCCUUAUUUUUUUUUUUUUUUUUAAGAUUCCUAGAAGGAAUCUUUGGUUAAUUCAAAUUGAGCAGUUAAAGUUUUUGGUAUCUACCUUUGUGCAGGCUGGCAUAUGCUAACUUGGGGGUGGUAACCAACCAGUUUUAUCUCAUUUAAGCAUUACAUUUUGAAGACUGUGAAUAUACUUUACAGCAGAUCAAACACAUUUAUGGCAUGCAUUGACCUCUUCUUGGAGCCCAGAAUUUUAUAGAGUUGCCUACCGGGGUUACUGUAAUGGAAUUUAUGAUCUUAAGAAAUUACUAGUUAUAUUAUU